CCAAACCCAGCAUUACUCACACCACAUCAGGGUCACCUGAAAUUAGUAUAACAAGCUAAAAAAAAAAUGACUUAUGAUGAGGGCUCAUUUGAGGACGGGGGUCUUUUCUAUGGCUUUGAUAACUACUCAGAGUUGCUGGAGAGUCCUGACAACAGUAGCAGUGAUACUGAGUACACCUGUAAUGACGGAGCAGGUCUCCAGCUGUUUCAUACUGUGUUCCAACCCCUGGUCUACAGUCUGGUGUUCUUCCUGGGGCUGACAGGUACACACACACCUGUUUCAUACUGUGUUCAAACCACUGGUCUACAGCCUGGUGUUCCUACGGGAUCUUCCAAUAGUCCAGGUAACGGGCUGAUGUUAACGGUGCUGCUGAAACGCCGUGGCCUCCUGCGGAUCACAGAGAUCUAUCUGUUACACCUGGGCCUGGCUGAUCUGAUGCUGCUAGCCACCUUCCCCUUCGCACUGGCACAGGUGUCCUUGGGGGUGGUGUUCGGAGACGUCCUGUGUAAACUGAUUGGGCUGAUGAACCGACUCAACUUCCUUUGUGGGAGUCUCCUCCUGGCAUGUAUCGGCUUCGACCGUUACCUGGCCAUCGUGCAUGCCAUCACCAGCCUCCAGAGCCGACGCCCCAGGAACGUACACCUCACCUGCCUGGCACUGUGGCUCGUCUGUCUGGCCUUGUCUGUUCCCAAUGCUGUGUUCCUGUCUGUAGGGGAGAGUCCCAUAGACCCGACUCAGCUCUCAUGCUUCUUCCACAGUCACGGUCUCCAUGCAAACAACUGGGAUCUGACGGAGCGGCUCCUGACCCACGUGCUGUGUUUCUUCCUGCCUCUCGGGGUCAUGACCUAUUGCUACGCUGCGGUGGCGGUCACCCUGCACCAUAGCCAGAGAGGUCAGCGCAGCCUGGAGAAAGAGGGAGCCAUCAGGCUGGCUGCACUAGUCACUGCUGUGUUCUGCCUGUGCUGGCUGCCCUACAACAUCACCAUGCUGGUGAAGACCCUGGUGGAUCGGGGGUUGGACUCUGGUUUGAGCUGCCAGUCCCGGACUAGUUUGGAUAAGGCCUUGGUGGUGACAGAGAGCCUGGGGUACACACACUGCUGCCUCAACCCGCUGCUGUACGCCUUCACUGGGGUACGGUUUCGACAGGAUCUCCUGAGACUGCUGGCCCACUGAGUCUAUGGUAAAGGGGUGUACUCCAACGGGGACGGGGGAGUAACACGUCAGCGUCAUUCUCUAAAGGACUCACCACCACGAAAAUCCUCAUGUUGACCACCAGAUUUGACUGUUACAACUAAGGUGAAAAUGUGUCUUACACCUCGUUUCUUUAAAAGGAUACUGACGGUUCAUUCUGAUCUUUGAAUGAAUUAUGAGUAAAACUAUUGUAUUUUCAGCUUACAAAUGAAUUUUACUGUUACAACUAAGAGCUGGGGGAGGGGGGGGGGGGUUACUGUUAGAGCUUGUGAAUCAUUGAUCAACCCCUCUGUAUGUCUAACCUCUCUUUAUGGGGUUGUGGAUCAAUAAUCAACCCUCAGUAUGACUAACCUCUAUGGGGUUGUGGAUCAAUAAUCAACCCUCUGUAUGACUAAUCUCUCUUUAUGGGGUUGUGGAUCAAUAAUCAACCCUCAGUAUGACUAACCUCUCUUUAUGGGGUUGUGGAUCAAUAAUCAACCCUCUGUAUGACUAACCUCUCUUUAUGGGGUUGUGGAUCAAUAAUCAACCCUCAGUAUGACUAACCUCUCUUUAUGGGGUUGUGGAUCAAUAAUCAACCCUCAGUAUGACUAACCUCUCUUUAUGGGGUUGUGGAUCAAUAAUCAACCCUCAGUAUGACUAACCUCUCUUUAUGGGGUUGUGGAUCAAUAAUCAACACUCAGUAUGACUAACCUCUCUUUAUGGGGUUGUGGAUCAAUAAUCAACACUCAGUAUGACUAACCUCUCUUUAUGGGGUUGUGGAUCAAUAAUCAACCCUCAGUAUGACUAACCUCUAUGGGGUUGUGACAACACAUUCACCUGCUUGUGCAAGCCUCGUGUACAGUGCCUUGCGAAAGUAUUCGGCCCCCUUGAACUUUGCGACCUUUUGCCACAUUUCAGGCUUCAAACAU